AUGGGAACAACAAAGAACUUGGAUGAUGCACGCGUGCUAAGUGAGGCCGAGAGCCUGAAUUCUGAGCUAAAUAGUUCCUCAUCCACAAGUGCUUUAGUACACGAAUCGAGUUCUAUGGCAACGUACAUCAAACCUUCAAGUGCGGAUCUGUAUGGUCAGAACCCUCUAGAUGAGUCACAGAAUGAGCGGCCAUCUAAAAUGGUGAUCAUACUAACUUUGGCGUCGUCAAUAUCUGGUUUUAUGUUCGGAUAUGAUACUGGUUAUAUCUCAUCUGCGUUAGUCAAUAUUGGGACCGAUUUGAGCAAUAAGAUCUUGACCUCUGGUGAAAAGGAAUUCAUAACGUCAGCUACCUCCUUAGGUGCCUUGAUAGGUGCUUUCGUAGGUGGAGUAUUUGCUAAUUUAUUUGGUCGUCGUAAGGUAUUAUUGGGGUCUAACUUGAUUUUUAUUGUCGGUUCGAUAAUUCAGAUAGCAGCAAAAACUGUCUGGACCAUGAUUAGUGGACGGUUCAUUUUGGGACUAGGAGUUGGAAUUGCGUCAUUGAUCGCUCCUUUGAUGUUAAGUGAACUAGCGCCAUCUAAAUAUAGAGGCAGAUUAAUUGUUACGAAUGGUAUGUUUAUCACUGGUGGACAGUUAGUUGCUUAUUUAAUUAAUUGGGCUUUGACUAAUAUGAAGCAUGGAUGGAGAGUCUCUGUUGGGCUCUGUAUGGUGCCACCUGUAAUUCAAUUCGGAUUAUUUUGGUUUUUACCAGAUACUCCAAGGUAUUAUAUAAUGGCUGGAAAUUUCAUUAAAGCUAAAGAGGUCAUCAGAGAAACUCAUAAUAAUGCCCCUGAGUCAUUUGUGAAUGCCACUGUCCAGGAAAUGAUAUCAUCGAAUUCGAAAGUUCCCGGAAGUGGCCCCUUCCAACAAGCAUGGAAUUCUAUCAAACUACUUCAUACAAAUAAAGCAAACUUUAGAGCCCUCAUAUUGGCAUGUGGAUUACAGGGUAUUCAACAAUUUACAGGUUUCAAUUCACUUAUGUAUUUUAGUGCAACUAUAUUUGAAACAUGUGGAUUUGACAAUGCAACUGCAGUCUCAAUUAUAAUAGCUGCUACUAAUUUUGUUUUUACUGGGAUAGCUUUAUGCAUCAUUGAUAAGGUAGGAAGAAGAAGAAUAUUGUUAUUUGGCAUGCCUGGAAUGUGUAUUUCAAUGAUAAUUUGUGCCAUUGCAUUUCAUUUCUUGGAUAUAAAGUUCAGUUCGAAUGAUGUUGAAGUCAAUACCCAUGGAAUCACCGGCUGGGGAAUUGUUGUCAUUAUGAGCAUGGUAUGCUACGUCGCAAGUUAUGCUACAGGCAUUGGUACUGCUGCAUGGACUGGGGUUGAGUUAUUUUCUGAUGUCAAUGUUAGAGCUGUCGGAGGGAUGUUUGCAACGGCCACGAAUUGGUCUGGCUCUUUGGUCAUUGCAUCUACUUUUUUGACCAUGUUAGAAAAUAUAACACCAACGGGUACGUUCUCUCUCUUCGCGGGCCUAUGUUUUGUUUCCUUUCUUUUCGUAUACUUCCUUCUUCCUGAAGUUGCUGGAUUAGAGUUGGAGGAAACCACCAACUUCUUGUCUGAGGGAUUCAAUGUUAAGGCUGCGUCUAAGUUAUCCAAGGAAAGGAAAAAAAUUUCGAAAUUUUCUUCUGAGAUUGCUGGACCUUGA